UAUCUGUAUCUGACAUCAAUCUAUCAAUUGCAACACGUAAUCGCUUUGUAAUGUCUGUUGCUAAUUACCUUGUUACAGCCUCCAUCUUGACCGUGGGUGGCUACUUACUUUUCACGGGUUCUGGGGAAUCUUUUAAUGUUGGCUGGUUCCUUGAAACUACAUCCCCUUACAUGUGGGCAAACUUGGGGAUUGUUAGUUGCAUUGGGUUAUCUGUCAUUGGUGCUGCCUGGGGUAUUUUCAUCACUGGGUCGUCCAUCAUUGGUGCUGGUGUCAAGGCGCCACGUAUCACCACCAAGAACUUGAUUUCCAUUAUUUUUUGUGAAGUUGUUGCUAUCUAUGGAUUGAUUAUGGCCAUUGUCUUCUCAUCCAAGUUAAACAGUGUUCCUGCCAAUGCCUUGUUUACCAAGGAAAACUUGUAUACCGGUUACUCUUUGUUCUGGGCUGGCUUAACCGUUGGUCUUUCUAACUUGAUUUGUGGUGUUGCUGUGGGUAUCACUGGUUCCACCGCAGCUAUUUCUGAUGCUGCUGACUCUGCACUUUUCGUUAAGAUCUUGGUCAUCGAAAUUUUCGGUUCUGUUUUGGGUUUGUUUGGUUUAAUUGUUGGUUUAUUAAUGGCUGGUAAGGCUCUUGAAUUCCAAUAGAAAACAAAUCCUCUCAAAUCCAACACCAACAAAAACAAACAAUAGCAAGAUAUAGGCUUGUACUCAUAUUCACUUCGACGGGAAUCCUACGAUAGUAUGCCUACCAUAAAGUCACCCAGAGCCUAAUUCACUCUCAGCUUGACUUUUCUUCCUUUUUUUUUUUCUUACGUUUAUAGAUGUAAUUAUGAAAAACCCCGAUUUUAAAAUAAUAAAUGACCACUUCAUUUUUAUACUAGUUUUCUAUUGAUUAGAUUAC